AUGGCUGCAUCCAUAUAUGCCACCCCACCGCCAGAUCUGAGCAGCGAGGACACUGCUCUCUCCGACGUCUCCAACUCAUCGACACUCAACACGAACAGGAACAACCACACCAGCGGCGACAACAGCAACAAUCCACAUGAAGCCGCAGGAGCAACACCCACAGCCACGUCAGCCACAACCAGAGGAGCAACAGGAGCAGGAGGAGUGGACAGCUCUUCACCCGUCGCCCACUUGGUGCCGGCAAUGGAGCUGGAACUGGAGCCGAAGCCAGCGGGAAGCGGAGCAAAUGAGGCGGACCAAUUGGAGGAGGCGGAGGAUGGGCGCAAGGAUGUGGAUGCGGAGGAGGAGGCUGGCGAUGCCAACAUGGCCACCAUGGCGGCAGCCAUGCAGCUGCAGAUCCUGGAGGCCCUAAGUGAUGCGGCCAAGAAGCGUCGCAAGCAGCACAAUCCCAGUCGCUUGGAGGCCCUCAAUUUGAGUGGAGAACCCACUGGUGAAGUGGGUCAAAAGAAAGCAGACUCCUCCACCGUGGACUUCGAGGAGAAGUUGUCGAAGAUGUUCCUACCCAAGUCGAUUGAGCAGCUCAAGGAGACCUUCGAAAUGCUGCAGCACCAGAAGCAAGCGGAGGAGCAACCGGAAACGGGAGAGGAAGCGGAAGCGGAAGCCAUGGCAGACAUAUCAGAAUCCACCAAGCAGCGCGAAAACCCAUACCACACUUACUGCAAGCAGUGCGGCGAGAGUUUCGAGACCGAGUUCAAGUUGAGCCUGCACAUGCUGCAGGAUCACGGCGAGGAAAGGUCCGGCGAUCAGGAUCCCGCUGACUUCCUGGCCUCCAUCAAGGUGAAGCUGGAGCGCGCCGACAUUCCCAGUCCGCAGCAGGAGCAGAAUAUGCAGCACGACCUUACCAAUGGUCAUGGCAAGGACUUGGAGCGGGAGCAGGAGCACUGGUUCCAGGCCAUGCAGGCGCAGCAUCACCCACACGGGCCACAAAUGCCGCCUGCCUUUCCCUUUCCACCAGAGGCAGCCUUGGGACCAGCGGGCUACCUGCCACUGCUCGGCAUGUCCGGGUUUCCAGGCGUGGAUGGCCUGAACCGCCCUCCACUGAGGAUCUUCAAUCCCGAGGCCUACUGCGAGCUGUGCAACAAGGAGUUCUGCAACAAGUACUUCCUCAAGACGCACAAGGCCAACAAGCACGGCAUCUUCGAUCCCGUGGGCGAAUCGAGCACCAGCAACUCCUCCAGUCACCACAAUAACAACAACAACAGCAUCACCAGCAGUAACAACAAUAACAGUGGUCACCCCAAUCCCAGCAUGAGUUCCAUGAGUCAAAUGUUCCAGCUGCAGCGGGAGGCCCAAGUGGCGAAGCAGGAUCCCACACCAGCUGGCGGAGCAUCGAAUCCCGUGGCCUCAGUGCACUGCGACAUCUGUUCCAAGCGUUUCACCAACAUAUUCGCCAUGCGUCGCCACCGCGCCAAGCAGCAUGAGGCUCCACCAGCUGCCCAAGUUUCACCCAACUCCCAGGCACCCAUGCAAUCGCAAUCGCACAGGGGAAGUCCCAACGAGCCACCACAGCCGACUAUAAAGCAGGAAAUGUCACAGGAAGCGGAGAUCAAGCCCUAUCAAUUGCCCGAGGGUUUCCGCGAGGACUUCACCCUGGAGCAGGAGGAGCUGAGCUUUGUGCCGCCGCCACGAAAGUUGCCCUCCCAUCUGCAGCAGCAGGCGAAGGAUUCGAACUUCAAUCCGGACAAGCUUCGUCGCCUAGGCGUCCAGUUCCCCGACUUCUUCUGCGAGCUCUGCUACCGCGAGUAUGCCAAUCGGUACUUCCUACGCACUCACAAGUGGAAGCGCCACGGUCUGUUUGUGCCACCCGAAGACUUGGCACCACAGCCAGGGGGCAAGGAGGAAGCCCAGAUGGCGAGUGCUUGGCCCUUUAUGCCACUCAAUCUGAUGCUGGCCAAGGCAGCGGCAGCCACAAUGGAUCAGCAGGAGCAGGAGCGCGAGCCGGAAGCGGAAACGGAGUCAGAACAGCCCAGCAAGAGGAUCAAGUUGGAGCAGGGACAGACACCGCCGGAGGGAUACGACGAGGAUAAGCUGAAUGGAUCGGUGGUGGGCUUGCAGAAUCUUCAGAAGCUGCAGUCCAUGCUGCAGCAACUGAACGACAUCAAUGGCAAACGCCCGCUACCCUGUCAUCUGUGUGGCCUGGAGCAGGAGAACCAGUAUACCUUGAGGGCUCACUUGAUGACCGAGCAUGCUGGCCAGAUGCAACUGCCCAUGCCCAUACCGAUUCCACUGCCCGAUCAGCAGGCCCCACAUCCCAUGGCCAGUCUGUACCAUGCCCAGGGAAAUCCGCAAACUCCGCCGGCCCCAGGAGCCAGAUCCCCGCCAGGUUGUGAUCUGCGCUGCCAGCAGUGUGAUCGUGACUUUGCCACACCCCAGGAAUUCAAGCAACAUAUCGCCGAGGUGCACUUGGGCAGGAACGGAGGGCUGAGCGGAAGUCCCCUGCGCGAGGGUUUCUUCACACCCGAGCGCCCAGUGGCGCCGUCAGCGGGCGGACCCGGAACCCCAGCCGCUCCCGCUGGAAAUCGUCCACCCUAUACCCUAACACCCACGAGCAGCUACUGUGAGAUUUGCAACAAGGAGCUGUGCAACAAGUACUUCAUGAAGACGCACAUGCAGCGGAUGCACGGCAUCGAGAUUGAGAAUGGCGCCCAGAUCGGUGGCGUGGUGUGCAACAUAUGCAACAAGGAGCUGUGCAGCAAGUACUUCCUGCGCGUGCACAAGCACAACACCCAUGGCAUCAUCGAGGAGGGAUCCCCACUGCCACAGCCGAGGGGUCAGAAUGGAGUCAAGCUGGACGCAGCCGCCGCAGCAGCCGCAUCAGCAUCACAGCCAUCGCAAGCGCAGCAGGAUCAGGACCUCAAUGUCUCCCCACCCACAGUGGAGGGCAGUGGCGGCAGUUCAUCCAACUCUGCCCACGAGGUGUGCCCACUCUGCUCUCGCCAAUUCCGCAGCUUCAAGUGGCUGCGAUCGCAUCUGAUGAACGAACACGGAACCGCCGGCGUGGAACGCCUCCGGGAAAUGGAAACUACCCAAUCCUCGACGCGCAGCAAGCCCAACAGUCCCACGCUCAAGAUUCCCAACGGAAGUGGCAGCAACCCAGGAGCAGCGGGUGCCGGAGCCGGAAACACCGCUCCCAAUCUCGCCCAGGCCCUGCAAAAUCUCAAUGCCCAGCACCUCUUUGGCCAAAUGCAACAGCAGCAGAUGCCCAAGAUGCCGCCACUUCCAUUGCCCGGAAUGUUUGGCGAACAGGCGGCCAGGUUCAAGGAGUACCAGUGCUCACUGUGCCCCUUCACCACGCCCUACUACGCCUUCUUGUUCAUCCACGAGCGAUCGCAUGCUCUGCUCAACAACGGCGGUGAGGGCAUGGAGUUGCCCAUGGAGACGCCGCCACCACAACCCACUAGAAGUUCGGGUAAAUCGCGCAGCAAGUCCAACAAAUCCGUGGUGGCACCUCCUCCUAGCAAGUCCGAGGAAACAGAGCCCCUUCUGGAGCCCACCAAUCUCAGCACCUCAGCACCGAAGGUCGCAUCUCGUUCCCCCUCAACUGGGGCAGGAUCUCCUCCCGCCUCCUCUCCAAAGGCAACCAGCUCAACUUCGCCCAAGAUUCAACGCCGUCGAUCCACCUCCAAGCCCCCAACGACGCCAAAUGCAUUGGGCAGUACAACUGGCGUCCAUCGGUCGGCGGCCACCUCGCCCUUUGAGGGCUGCGGGGAUUUGGCCAACGGCACUGGCAAGCCGGCCAGCUACGCCCAGCCGGAUGGGGCAGAGGAAGCAUAUCAGAUGCAGGCCUUCCACCUGCAGCCCGCCGACGCGGACUCCGAGAUGCAGUUCGCACCUGCCCUGGUGUACCUGCCCGUCCGCGUUCGCGCUUCGGAGUCGGCCACGCUCAGCUUCCGGCUAACACCUGCCUAA